AAUGGCGUCUCCUUCGAAGCAUGUGCCUUACGAAUUUUCUCUUAAGGAAGCAAAAAGAAAGUGCUCUGAAACAAAUUCUUGCUUUGUGAAGGAACAAACAACAGAACAUAUUGUACUACAUCCACGAUACCUCGGUUGUGUGAGGAAAGGAGUUCAGGAACAUUUAAAAAGUAAGCUGAUGAGGCAUUCGGACAUUCUGAACGGUGUGCCUGUAAAUUAUGAAGCUUUUAAAAUUGAGCAAAGAACUGGCUCCAUUCUGGAAGAAUCACCCUAUAUUCAUUUUGACGUAAAAGUAAAUAUCAUCUUGUUUAAGCCGACGAUCGGAAGUACGCUUGUGGGAACCGUAAACAAACUUGGCGUUGAUUACGUUGGAUGUUUGGUUCACAAUUGUUUUAACGCUUCGAUCGCGAAAUCAAACUUUAAAAAUGGAUUACUUUUUGAUAGCCUGGACAUUGGAUCUGAAUUUUUAUUUAAAGUUAUUGGAACAGAAGCCGUGAAUGGCGUUUUAGCAAUAAUAGGUGAAGUGAAGGAACAAAAAGUCAACAAAAGGAAAAGGAAACACAAAGAUAUAGAAAGAUAUGAACAACGGUCUAGUGAUGAAACUGAUCAGCCUGAAAGAGUGACUGAACUAUCCCCUGAGAGACUGAAUCAGAAUGGUUUAAACAUAACGGAUGGAAAUACAAAAGUCAAGAAAAAGAAGAAUAAAGUCAAACAUUCAAGAGGAAAGGAGGGGGCCAAAACUUUUUAAAUAUAAAUUUGUGAUUUAUUUUUUAAAAUAAACAUUUGGAGUAA